AUGCGGGAUAGUGGAAGUGAACCAAUUAAAACUGAAGCAAUUAGUAUUUGUGAUAAAGUUGGAAUAAAAUCUGAACUAAAAAUAAAAAGGAAAAAAAAAAGAAAAGUUAUGAGCGGAGAAAAAUCAUCGGAUGAAGAUAUUUCUGCAGAUCAAUUUUUAACAUUGGAAUACUACAAAGUUCUUGAUAAUAUGAUGGCUCAAAUGAAAUGGAGGUUUGAAAAAUCAUCAAAUGUUGCUAAUGAUUUUCAAUUUCUUUCUGGUCAUUCAUUAUCUGUAACACCAGUUGAAACAUUGAAAAAAUAUGCAGCUGAUUUGGUAAUCAAGUAUAACGAAGAUAUUGACCCAGAAAUAAUUAACGAAAUUGAAUUUUUUAAAUAUCAAGCAAAAGUAAUUCUACCAGAGUUACAAAACGCAACUGCUUUGAAUAUUUUAAAUGCAAUUAAAAAAUAUGAACUUGAUUCAACUUGUCCACACUUAAUGAUUGCAUAUAGAUUGUUUCUUACUAUGCCUGUUACAGUCGCUUCCGGAGAACGCUCUUUUAGUAAAUUGAAAUUAACUAAGACGUAUUUACGAUCAACCAUGUCGCAAGAGAGAUUAACCAAUUCAGCAAUAUUGUCAAUUGAGAAUGAAAUAACGAAAAACAUCGAUUUUGAAGACGUCAUUGAAGAUUUUGCUUCAAAAAAGUCUAGGAAAAUUAAGUUUUAA